AUGCUUUCGCGAUAUUUCGCGUCAAAGCGUAAUUCACCAUCACCAGAGGAUCGUGUUCAAGCAAGCUUGGCCGACGUGGCAGAUGGUGCUUGCAGGACGCUGCAUUCAAGCUCACAGCGCCACAAGCCUUGUGCGAGGCAGUUACUCGAAGGCCUGCCGCAAGCAGACCGACAAGAAACUUUGACCUGGAUGGCGCAGGCAUUCGAGGUUAUGAGCUUUCCGGAUACGUUGCUUUUCGAUACAGCAUUGUUGCUGGAUCGGUACUAUGCCAGCCUGCCCAAGGAGGAUUGCAAUACUGCUGAAUCGCAAAGAAGGCUGUUGGCAGCCGUUUGCGUGGCGCUGAAGACUGGAUCCAACGCAGAACCGCAGCUGCCGCUGCGACAGGUGGUUGCACAUCUUGGGCACGACGAGGUUCCCUUUGACGAUGUCAUUGCCGCUGAGCUUAUCAUCCUCAGGAAGCUUAGGUUUGAUGUGGGUACGCCGACUUCACGGGAUUUUCUAGAGGCGCUUGGUGCCAGGCUGAGCAAUUUCCAAGCGCCCGAUCGAGCCCAACACUUGGCAGAUUUCUUGCUGCAGCUGUCCCUGGCAGAUGCUGGUUUGCAUUACAGGUAUCCGCACUCGAUGCUGGCGGCUGCAGCCCUGCUGCUGGCCCUCUCGGUAACCUGUGCUCCAGCAGCCGCGCAGACGGCGGUGCUGGAGGACCUGGAGUUGCACUUUCCAGAGGCCGCAGAUCAACACGCCACUUUGGCAAACUGCGGCCGUGAUUUGCAGUCACUCUGGCUCAUGAUUUUCGCCAACCAAGAGAACAUGUACCUGAAUCAUAUUCGGCUGAAGUUCUCGCGGACCAACUAUCGUUCAGUUUCGACGGUUCGGCCUCCGGGGGCACCGAUCGCGAUUGUUCCCAGCAAGGCUCCAGGAAUGUCUGGUGUUGGCCAGCCGGAGGAGCAACAUGCAGCACCCCGCCUUUCAAAGCCAAGUCUGGACAGUUCUGUGAUACCUCGUCAAGAUGAGGGCGCUGCAAAACAGGGACCGAUUUCAUUCUGCCUUCCGUGUGGGCGCGUCUGGAAGCUUCCAGAUCCGCACAAUGGGCUCUGUACGCACUGCGGGAGCCAGGUCGAGGUGGUCGAUCCCGAGGCAGCGGAGAGGGAAGUUAUUCGUGUGGUGAUCACAGAAUUGCGGUUCUGUCUUGAGUCGCCGCUCAAGGGCCCGCAGUCGAGGGAACGACUCUAUCUCAUAAAGCGUCAGUUGGAUUGA